AGGGGGCGGGGCCUCGGCACCUCCUCCAUCCCUGGCUGCGGACCGCAGGGAUGUUCCCGGCUCAGGAGGAGGCUGACAGGACCGUGUUUGUGGGCAAUUUAGAGGCCCGAGUGCGGGAAGAGAUUCUUUACGAGCUGUUCCUUCAGGCUGGGCCACUAACCAAAGUGACUCUUUGCAAAGACAGAGACGGAAAGCCAAAGUCCUUUGGCUUCGUCUGCUUCAAGCAUCCCGAGUCCGUAGCCUAUGCCAUAGCUCUGCUGAAUGGAAUUCGUUUGUAUGGGAGACCAAUUAAUGUGCAGUAUCGGUUUGGGAGUUCUCGCUCUUCUGAACCAGCCAACCAAAGUUUUGAGAGCUGUGCUAAGAUUAACUCACACAGCUUCAGGAACGAUGAAAUGGCGGGCAGGCCUUCCUUUCCUGUGCCGUUUUUCCCAAUUACGAGUGCCGCCUUACCUCAAGAGUAUUUUUUCUUUCAAAAAAUGCCAUGGUACGCACACAGUCCAGUGCUGCAACCGCCUUUCUGUGAGAUGCCGGCCCCACUUCCCAACAGUGUGCCUGGGUCUUGCUCCUUAAAUCACGCUCCAGGCCCAGAGGCUGGACCCAGCUCCUAUGAGUGGACUCACCAGCCACCAAGCGACCCUGACCUGUAUCCUAGGAAUAAACGGAAGAGGCAAAGGCCAGACAGUGACAGCGACAGUAGCUCAGAAGACAAGAGAGGAAACGAAGGAAGCCAAAAAUGCCGCAAGUGUAAAAAAAAGAAAAGAUGCUAGCGAACUGUAUCUGCACUGCUCUCAAACCUCUCUGGAAAAAAAAAAUCUGUUGCACCAAAUGAUCGAUAUCUUGUCCAGCUUGUUGUUUUUGAAAACGUAUGGAAAUAUGACUCUGUGAUUUGCUAUUCAGUUUACUAUUCAUGCUUACGAAUGACAAAAGCCUUGAAACAGUAAUAUAUUGUUGUGCGUUUGUAUUUGCAAGAUUGCCUUGGGACCAUUGUCUCACCGAAGGCUUUCUACCAGCGCAGGUGGGCUGGCCUCAGAGGGGUUGCAGGCAGAACUAAUGGGAAUAAUUAAAAACCGUGUGCUUUAGUAACUAUGUAGCCAGGAUGCUAAUUAAAAACAGUGUGCUUUAGUAACUAUGUAGCAAGGAUGCUUGAGUUCCCAUUGUAGCUGCCACUUUUCCUUUUUAUGUCUAAAUAUGGUAUCUCUGAGCAUCCCUAUCACACAGUGUUGCCUUUAAGCAUAGGACACUCAGCCUAUGACAGGAAAGAUAGCUGCCAUAGGCUCCGUGUCCUACGCUUAAAGGCAACACUGUGUGAUUAUUCAUGUUUUCUCUGAUUUUUAUUUGAUAUAAUUAUCUGUAUACAUCACACUUAUUGUUUGUAAGGGCACUCAGUUAGUGGUAUCAGUAUCUACUCUCUAGUUCUCCCAGCAAGGGUGGGAAGAACAUAGUGAGUGUGAAUUGCUGUGAUGAGCAAGUGUAUAGAAUGGUGCCGCAUAUACUUAAUGCCUAUUGUCCAAGUCAGUACAUUUAUUUCACUUAUUUUAGAAGAUAAAUGUUAACAUUUCAAAUGAAUGGGGUAUGUCAGCACUUUUGUUAACUUGACAGCUUACCAUAAACUAAAAUUAUGAAGAUCAUAUAUAUGUAUAUAUAUAUUUGGUUUUUCAAGUCAGGGUUUCUCUGUGUAGCUCUGACUGUCCUGGAACUCACUCUGUAGACCAGGCUGGCCUCGAACUCAGAAAUCCUCCUGCCUCUGCCUCCCGAGUGCUGGGACUAAAGGCAUGCGCCACCACGCCUGGCGAAGAUCAUAUAUUUAUUAAAGCUAAUUGAAAGGAUAAUGCAAACUCAUUAUGAAUUAUCUAUUCAGUUCAGGAGAGAAUAAGGCACACGUGGGUGUGACCUUUGCAUGUUGCCCACUUGUUCAUACAUAUUAUUUAAUGAAUAAAAGUAUCUUGAACCAACAAAAUAACUGAGUUUUACUCUUGCGUAAUGAGGAUAUAAGUGGCGAUUAUGACAAAUACAAGCUUAUCUAUAUAAAGACCUAAAUUGCGCUGCAUGGAACUCUAACUGGGCUUUUAACAUUCUUAAAUAUUAAAAUAUGAAAGUGUUGUUUUUUUCUUUUAAAUCCAUAUUUUGGCAAUUUGGAAUCAUGGCCAAGAUAAAAUUCAUUCUUUCAUAAUUUUAUAGCAGCACCUUUAUACAUAUUAACAUCAUCUUCUAUAUUCCUCUAGUUAUGAAAUUUACCACAGACAUAAAUUAGGCCAUGUGAUUAGCAGAGCUGUGUAUAAGAAUGCAUCUUAGCAACUGAGAUUAAUGUGUGUAAGAAAAUUAGGUUGAAGUAGGACAUGCUCUAAAUGUCACAACUGGGAAAUGUUCUUGUAACUCUCCCAUCCGAGAAAGAAAACUAACUCAGUAUCUACUCUUAACUAGUCAGCCAUUCAGCUAAGCAGAAUGCUAAGAGAGUCGAUUUGACUGUGGUGUCUUUUGUUAAAGACCAGGAAACUUCCUAUAAGAUGCUAAGAUUCGCCCCAACCCCAAAAUUUUAAGUUGUCUAUUUUCCAAGUGCUAUAGCCUUGGAUGAAGGAUUAUUAAAAUUCUUUGCCUCGCAUGGUUUUCUUCUCCAAUUUUAAUCCACCAGUCUCAGAAUUGACUUCAAAUUGUAGAUGAAGUUAAUAAUCUAAAAAUAAAACUAAACCCUUUC